UGUGCAGGAAACCUUGUUCUUACUGAAAUUUUUAGACCAAUUCUGAUUUCCCGUAAAAUGUGGACGAUCGACGAUUUUGAUAUUGGGCGACCGCUUGGCAAGGGAAAAUUUGGCUCUGUUUUUCUCGCUCGUUAUAAGGCAGAGCGCACCAUUGUUGCACUAAAGGUCCUAUUCAAGGAGCAAAUUAGGAAACAUAAUGUUGUCCAUCAAGUAGUACGGGAAAUUGAAAUCCAGCAUCAUCUACUGCAUCCAAACAUUUUGCGAUUGAAAGGAUUCUUUCACGACAAACAACGCGUGUACAUUAUUUUGGAGUAUGCCGAAGCUGGAGAGUUAUAUACUCGUCUGAAGAAGAAAGGGAAGCUUGAAGAACCAGAAGCAGCUCGGUAUGUUCGUCAGCUUGCUGAUGCGCUCGCCUACUGCCACGAUAAGCAAGUAAUUCAUCGUGACAUAAAGCCGGAGAACAUACUUAUUGAUGGGAAAGGCAAUCUCAAGAUAGCAGACUUCGGAUGGGCAGUUGUUUCUGCCCACUCACGUCGUGAAACGAUUUGCGGAACCCUGGAUUAUUUGCCACCAGAGAUGAUCAGCGGACACACCCACGACUCCACCGUGGACAAUUGGGCUGUCGGUGUGUUGCUUUUCGAAAUGCUCGUUGGUCGUCCUCCUUUUGAAUAUCCUGAUCAAGCCGCAACAUUGCAAGCAAUUAUGAAGUGCAGAUUCGCUAUUCCUUCCUUUGUUAGUGCAGGACCCACCGAUCUGAUACGAAGGCUAGUCGUGAAGGAACCGUGUAUGAGGUUAUCCAUUGCUGGGAUUUUGGCCCAUCCAUGGAUAGUGACCAUGGCAAAAUUACCGAUUAUACAUAAACCUGAACCAACCGCAACAGCUUCAUCUGCUUCUCAAGUCACUCAAAGCUCUACCGAGUAG